UUAUAACAUAAAUCCGCGAUGUUACACGACGAGAAUACGAUAAGAUUAUCUAUAGCCAAGAGUUAUGCUAUCGAUGUGUGAUACAGCAAUUCUUGUCAGAUAAAGCGUUUUAUCCCUGUAGGUCAUACUCCAAAAAAAUGAAAUUAUUGUAAACAUAAUAAACAAUUCUAAAUAAAUCGACACUUUUUUUUAAUCCUUUUUUUUUUUUUGUUGUCGAAGAAAAGUGCAGGUGACGCGAUCCUAAAAAUAGCGAUUGUACCCACAGACACAUUACGUUAUAAGUAUGCAAAAAUCAUUCGCAAAUGAUCGUAAGUAUAGAAGCGGCUCCGCAGCAGACGGCUUUUCUCUUAGCGCACGUCAAAAAACGUAAAUAAUGAACAACGUGGCAACAGUGGCGCCAACCAGUUCGACGCUCCAGUUUAGCGGUCGGCGCAGCGCACCUGCAGUCUCCAGCACUGCAGCUAUGCAUAUAUAGCUGUACAAAAGAAAUCUGACAAAAACAGAAACCGUAGAGGAGAUAUACUCCGCUGCUGCUGACGACGACAAUAAUGAGACUCGUCUGAAACGAUGGUGCGAGUAACGUUUCUCCACCCGGACCUGGGUAUCGGCGGCGCCGAGAGGUUAGUCGUCGACGCGGCUUUGGCGCUCAAGCAGAACGGCCACGACGUCGAUUUCGUUACUAAUCAUCACGAUCCCGAGCACUGCUUCACCGAGACCAAGGAUGGAACUUUUAAGGUCACCGUUGUCGGCGACUGGCUGCCCCGACACAUCUGCGGCAAAUUCUUCGCGUUUUGCGCCUACCUGAGAAUGAUAUGGGCAGCCUUGUACAUAAUUUUCUGUGCCAACCGUCCUGACGUUGUCUUCUGUGAUUUAGUGUCAAUAUGCAUUCCUGUUCUGAAAUUAAGGAUUCCAACGGUUGUGUUUUAUUGCCACCAUCCUGACCAAGUUCUAACAACGUAUGAAAGUGGACUGAAAAAGCUUUAUCGAGCUCCUCUGAAUUUUCUGGAGGAGAUCACAACAGGCAUGGCAGACAAAGUCUUUGUUAACAGCCUUUACACCCAGUCGGUGUACGAGAAAACUUUUAAGAGGCUCAAUGCUCAACACACAGAAGUACUGUAUCCAUCCAUAAACACAGCUUUCUUCGAUCAAGUACAUGUGCUGUCACUGGAGAGAGUUCUGGAUAAAAGAUUGAUGCCUGAUAUUUGUUUCUUGCUAUCCAUCAAUAGAUACGAACGCAAGAAGGAGCUUUCCACAGCUAUCGAAGCCUUAGCUGACUUGAAGAGAUUCUUAACUCGAGAAGAGUACAACAAAGUCUACCUAAUAAUGGCUGGUGGUUAUGAUAAGAGAGUUGAAGAAAAUGUUGAAUAUUAUCUAGAAUUGAUUGGACUUGCUGAUGAAAUGGGAGUUUCUGACAAAGUGUAUUUUUUGAAAUCUCCCACAGACAUUGAGAAAGUUUCGAUCCUUGUGAAUUGUGAUAUUCUAAUAUACACACCACCCAAUGAGCAUUUUGGGAUAGUGCCUUUAGAGGCAAUGUAUGCUUCCAAACCUGUUGUUGCUCACAAUUCUGGAGGUCCCAAAGAAUCUGUUAUUGACAGUGUUACUGGUUAUCUUGCUGAGAAAUCAAAUUUAGCUGAAAAGUUAUCAACUCUGAUUAAAAACAAGCCCCUCAGGCUACAAUUUGGUCAAGCUGGAAAGCAGAAUUUCAAAGAGAAAUUCAGCUUCCAAGCAUUUAGUAAUAAUCUUAACUCUUCAAUCCUUGACUUACUUGAUAAGAAGAAAUCGCGAUAGUUUAAGAAAAUAGUAUUUUUUUAGAAAGUUUAUAGGCAAACAUUUUUCAUAAUUUUUUUUUAUUGAAUGCUUUAUCACAAAUAAACGAAAUAUAAACAAAUAAAUAGACGUUCGACCCCUUUAUUUAAGAAAACAUCCCUAGAUAUAACCUGAAUUGAGAAAGAAUGCUAAUA